AACAGCUGUAUAUUUUUUCACUCUAAUAAAAGUUGAACACAAAAAGUGAAAUUUUAUUUUAAGAAAAAGAUUUAAUUAAACAGUGUAAAACGUAUCAUUUGCUAAUGUAGAAUUUUGUGCUUUUUUUAAUGGUGACGUGGUCGGUAUAAUGUUUUCAAGUGAAUAGAAUUCGUACGUGUGUUAGGUGUGAAAAAAAAAUGUCUUAACGUAAGCAGGAAUUACGCCGCCAGACGAAAUUUCCAAAAGCUAAUUGGGCAUCGAUCGAGAAUUUCGGCAAAACGUAUCCCGCUUGGUAUCAGGUCUAUUUCUUGCGCCCUGCGCGCCCGUAAUAAUAGAUUCAUCUUAACCUUGGUUCCAAAAAGAAUUGUAUUUCCUCGCUCGUUAUGGAAACUCUUCUUACGUUGACACCCUUAAGUAGCAUCAGCAGAGGAAGACGUAAACGCUUAUCAGAGGAUAAUCUCGCUGAGACAGAUGGGGACGAUAUAGCGUGCUGUAACAAGCAAUUAUGGCAUAGUAUUCAGUCGAAACGUUUUAAGAGCAUGGAUUUUAGUUCUAAUCAAAGCUCCUUCGAGUCGCCUGUGCGUAUGACUAUACUGUUGCGGCCUAACCGUAUCUGUUAUUCUGACGAAGCUCAUCGCCGGGAACUCAAGGAAAUUGAUUUAACUCCAGUUACGAAACUGUCAAUGAAUUUAUCUGAUACGUACUUGAAUGUUGAGCAUGUUCGUCGCGAUUUACGAGAAGGAAAACUGAAAUUCGAUAUGAACGAAGAGAACGGUUACAAGCAAUCGAUAUGUAAAAGUCUUAAGAGAUUUACGCUAUCGCAACAAUUAGCUGCAGAAAGAGAUGCGGAAAAUAAUGCAACCAAAGGAAAAGGCAAAUUAAACGUCAAAAGUUUUCAAAUCCCUCGACCGGGCUCCAUGCGGCGUCUUAAUAUGGACUCUUCGAUGCAAGAUAUGGUCAUAGAUGAGUUGUCGUUUUAUGACGACGAAACGACAACUAGGGAUCGGCUUUUUAACGCAAGUCCGCCUUUAAUGAGAUUACUAUCGCCCGAAGGUUCACCACAACGCUUCCAAGUGGUGGAACGACCAAAAUCCUUACAAGCUCGCCUUGUUCAUGGUCAGGUAUCUAAGUCUGAUAAAUCGCAAAAAGCAGAUAGCACCUCGGCAAGUUCAAAAACACCAGCCAAAGCAUUUCGUAUACUUCAAAGUCUGUCGUCUGGUUCGACGGAAUCGUCUUUGGAUGAUGAAUAUAAGGAAUUUUUUGAAAUGGAAUCAUUGGAUCAGCCAAAUGUGGCCCUCAAUUUUCCAAGUAAUAUGAAUUCAUUGAUUAGCGGGCGUAUUAUAAAGAAUUCGCCUCCCAAACCGCCGGAAACCCGUCGUCCUUCGGCGCGUCGCUGUCUUAGUAUGAAUGAAAAUACGCAAUCGUAUCAUGAACCAAAGACUCCCGAGGUAGUAAAUACCGGCAUUAGUGGCCACAGCAAAAGCAAUAGCAACACCCCGUGCCCAUCACGUCACACCAGCAGUUGUGGCUUUAAGCGCCCGGACCCGCCAUCAAAUAGCUGCUCACCCAUACAACCAAAACGUCACCGCAACGCUGAAAAAGAAAAUCUCGAUGGCUCAUUUACCGGAAUUGCUGGCAAUGGUCCUGCGUCGCCCGCUCCUAUUCCCAAUGUUAUUCCUGCAUAUAAACCUACUGUUCCGCUAGCAGCUACCAAUAUUUUACGUCGCUGUAUAUCGAUGAAUGAUGCAGAGAUUAUGUCUGCCCUGGCUCGAUUCGACAAUAAAGACGAACCCGAUCUAAUUGGUGACUUCAGCAGACCCUUUGUCCUACCACUCGUCGAAGGUCGUCAUCGAGACCUCAAAUCAAUAUCCUGCAGUACUGUUGCGCGUUUAUUGAAAGGAGAAUACGAUGACAAAAUUACCACUUACAAAAUUAUAGACUGUCGUUAUCCGUACGAGUUCGAUGGCGGUCAUAUUCGUGGGGCAAAGAACUUGUAUACGCAGGAGCAAAUUAUUGGAGAAUUUCUAACCCAAAAAAAGAGUAACAAAGGACACGCAGAGGCUAGCAAACGUAAUAUUAUUAUAUUUCAUUGUGAAUUUUCAUCAGAACGUGGUCCCAAAUUGUCACGCUUCUUAAGAAACCACGAUCGCGCUCGCAAUACAAGCUCAUAUCCGGCUCUUGAUUAUCCGGAAGUUUAUUUAUUACACAAUGGUUACAAGGAGUUUUUCGAAAAUUACGCUGAUCUAUGUGAACCGCACGCCUAUCGACCCAUGUUGGAACCAUCUUACUACGAUGAAUACCGGCAUUUUCGUUCCAAAUCGAAAUCAUGGAAUAGUGACGGUGCUAAUGGUACAACGCAGCGUACAAAAAAAUUUCGUUCGCGUCUAAUGGUCUAAGUUACAAAGUAAUGCUGCCGUCACCAUGCACCGUAACUCUCUUAAAUGACUAUAUAUCCCGCCUACAUUGCCUGCAUUGACCGCCACCACCAUACACACAUACAAAAAAAAAAAAAUAUUUUAUUUGAGUACUUGUUAUUGUCGUCGUUUUCGUCGUCACUUAUAUUGUUAUAUUAAUUAGUUUUUCUUUUUUUUUUUUGCAUUAUUUGUUGAUUCCUUUUUUACUGUGUCCAACCCCCCCCAAAAAAAUGACUUUAUUUUUUACUAUGAUUUUUUAUACAACAAUUUCCCAAUUUCCCCAUCCUAAAGUCCACAGUCCCUUACUCAUCCUUUUAGUUACCGCGUUAAGAAAAAAAAACUUGUUACUGCAGCAACUUCUUUGCACUCAAUUGAAACUUUACGGCAAAUACCGAAUUAUUAUUUAUUUUUGAUACUUAGAUAAUUAAUUUUAUAUAUUCAUGUAAGACUUUUUUUGUUUUUGUUUUUUUUUUCUUUUUUUUUUGUUUCUUUAGUUGAAUUUAUGUAUAGUCUAAAUGUCCCUUAGAGUUUGUGUAAAAAAAAUUCUCCCUCGCUUUCUUUCUCUCCUUGUAUCCCUUUCGGCCUUUUUUAAAACAAUGGAAAACAAAAUUUAGUUUGUGUGCAUUAUAAUGUAAUUUUUAUGGUCUCCAUGUAUCAUCCUAAUAACCUAAUAGCACUACGAUAUUAUCAUUCGAUCCCCCCUC